UUGGUGAGUCGUGAUGAUGAUGUCCGCACAGAGGCCUGCUGUGUGUCUGUGCAUGUGCAUGUUGCCGGUGGUGGUCUGUAUGUGGGAGAUGAGAUGCUGGACGCUCCACAUGUGGAAGACCGAGCGGGGACAGGUGCGGGGCGUCUGAGGCGAUCAAUUAACAGGAGAGAUGCUGGAGAUUACGGAGAGAUGCGCGUGCGCAGCGGACGGGGAGAGGGAGCGGGCGCGCAGAGAAUUAAACAAUAA